AUGGCAGCGGCUUUUCUUAAGAAGCUCGAAGUUGAGCACGAAGGGGGAACAUUGCCAGACCGAUGGAUCAACAACGACAUCAAGCCGAUUGAGUCGGAGAGACGAACUUGGUCGUCCUGGACCUUUACAAACUAUUGGAUCUUGGUCAACUCCAAUAUUUCCACUUACAUGACCGGAAGCUCUCUCAUUGCCCUCGGUCUUUCAUGGUGGCAGGCAAUUAUUGCGAUUGUCAUCGGGAACCUUUUGGCUACUGCCUUUGUUGUUUUGAACUCCCUGCCCGGUGCCUAUUAUAACAUUGGUUUCCCCGUCGUGAAUCGCUAUGUAUGGGGGUUGUAUGGAAGUCAGUUCGUCAUUUGGAAUAGAAUUCUUCUCUCUAUCGUGUGGUUUGGCUUUCAGGCCUACGUUGGAGGCCAAUGCGUGCAUGUCUGCCUCACUGCGAUCUGGCCUUCGCUCGAGCAGCGUAUCCCCAACCAUAUGGCUGAGUCUACUGGCAUUACCAGCGCUCAGUUUCUCUCGUACGUUAUCUUCAUGGUGCUCUCGGUGCCUGUGGUUUGGAUCCGACCACAUAAACUACGGACGUUUUUCCAUGUGUCCUCCUCCGUUAUUCUCGUGUUCGAAUUCGUCCUUCUGAUAUGGGCACUGGCCACUAUGGGACCAGCUGGAUUUGGAAGCACCAUCACUGCGGAAUCAUCUGUCCCCAAGGGAGAGAUGGGCUGGACAAUUGCUUUCGGAAUCAUCAGCACUAUUGGCGGUAUUUCCGCUGGUAUUCUCAACCAGAACGAUUAUGCUAGAUUCGCACGCCGACCAAGGCAUGCUAUUAUUGGUCAGCUGUUUAGCUUCCCGCUCUGCGCCAUUGUAUGCUCCAUUAUUGGAGUCCUGGUUACAGCUGCGACGCAGAACCGUUUUGGCGAGCCUUAUUGGAAUCUCCCAGAACUGUUCCUGGCAAUUAUUGAGUCGGGCGGGUCGCGUUCUAGGGCUGCCGCAUUUUUUGCCGGUUUUGCCCUUAUAAUCUCCCAGAUGGGUGUGAAUGUACCUGGAAACGCACUUUCAGGAGGGUUUGACUUGGCUGCAACAUUCCCGAAAUAUAUUAACAUCCGUCGCGGAGCAUAUCUGACACUUCUCUUAUCCGUUGCAUGUAAUCCUUGGAAACUAGUGUCGACAGCAACGGUUUUCCUUAGUGUUCUAAGUAGCUACGCCGUCUUUUUGGGUCCCAUGACUGGCUUAAUGAUCUCCUCAUGGUUUGUGGUCAACCAACGCAAGAUCAAAAUAGAAGAUCUAUACAUUGGACACAAGAGCAGCAUUUAUUGGUGCACCAUGGGAGUUGACUGGCGUGCACUGAUUGCGUGGCUUUGCGGUACCGUGCCCUCCCUUCCAGGCUUUGUUGCCGGAGUCAAUGAAAAUGUCACUGUUCCAUCAGGCCUUGUUCAUUUUUACCAAAUUUGUUUCUUGGCUGGAUUUGGCAUCAGUGCUGCUGUCUACUGCGGCCUGCACUUCAUCUUCCCAGUGCGGCCUAUUCAAGACUUUGUUGCCAGUGCUCCGGCUCCAGAUGUGCUUAUGCGUGAAUAUCGCGAAGCGUGUGACAAUGGAACUCAGUUCAAAAACGAAGUUAUCAAUGUGGAUCCCAUGAAAAUUGGGUGA